CACUCGGUCCGCGUCUGUGUGGAUGGGCACAGCGUUCAUUCUAAAUACUUUUUUGCACAUUAGUUUAAUAAUUUUAGUUUUUCUUGUUUUUGUUUUCAUUGCAUUUGUUGCCCGAUGCAUUUUUGUUGCCCUCCAUUGUAGCUACUGUUGCUGUUGUUGCCGCUAUACAUUUCCGCAUAGCUGCAUUUGUGAGCGCAAUUUGAUUUGCGAGCGGGUUUGAGAAUCCAACGGGAAGACACAAAAUAUUUCUGAUGUCGCUGCCGUGAGCUGGUUCAGUGCAAUCGGGUAUGCGGUGCGGUCGGUUGUUCUCGCUAACGGUGUUAUUCUCACCGCCGGUUCGCAAACUUCAAACAAUGUGCAUUAAUCAAAUGUUAACCGAAAAUUGCUAAAACUCUAAGAAAUUAGUUUAAAUUUUUUUCAAAAUUCCUGGAAAUUUGCUGGCUGCAGUCAACAAUGUAAGCUUUUUCGGCUGGUCAACGCGGCGUAUGCGUAAUAUAUUGAGCACGAAAACCAGCAACGAAACAGAAAGUGAUGCGUAAUUUGCCAGCACAAAAGUCCAAAAAUUAAAACAAAACAACAACAACAACAAGAAACGAAGCAAUAAAUGAUUGAAAUUAUUCAGUGUGCGAGCAACAAACAUAUAUAAAUAAAUAAAAAAAAAAUAAAGAAUUCAGCGGCUCAAUUAACAGGAAUAUAUGAAUUCAAAUUUGUAUAUUUGGAACAAAGUAACUGUCAUUAAUAAGCGCAAAAAGCAGCAAAACGAGAGUACAAACAGCAGUUGGCCAAAAUGAAAAUAUAACAAACAAAAACAACAAAAAAAAAAACGUAACAGCCUCACAUCAAGUGAAACUUUAAAUACAACAACAGCUAGCAGCCUAAGCAAUACAACAACACAAAAGCGCACUUAAGCCUAGCCUUAAGAAGCAAAUAGCAACAACAAUUAGCUGUAAAUUUAAAAUGCAUGGACAUCAUCAUCAUCAACAGCAGCCGCAGCAGCAGCAACAGCAGCAGGCACUGCCGCCGCCGCAACAAGUGCAACAAAUGUCUGCCACAAUGAAGCUGGCCGGCAAUCCACAGCAGCAGCAGCAGCAGCAACAGCAGCAGCAGCAACAACAAACACACAUAGCCAUACAGCAACAGCAUCCCCAUCCGCAUUCACAUCCACAUCCGCAUCAUCCGCAUCAUGCACAGCAUCCACAUCAUCAUGCAAAGCUGCUGCGACGCUCGCGCAGUCGCAGUCGGAGUCCAACGCCGGAUGGCACACAGGAUUACGAUGUGACGCGCAUGCGCGAAGAGGACUUUGAGCGUCUGGCCGUAUACCUGGUGCCCGACGUGCAGGCGGAGCGCGGCCUGCCCAAUCGUGCGGAUAAGACGCUGCCGCGCAGCCUGACGCUCAAGUCCUCUAUGGUCUACUCAACGCCAAAUGUUAAGACUGAAGGAGUUUGGAGCAGCGGCGUCAUACCGCGCGGCACACGCUUUGGCCCAUUCGAAGGCAUUCCAACCUCAAAUUAUCCAAAUGAUAAGAAUAAGGCGCGCUAUUUCUGGCGGGUGCAGGGAACACGCCACAUAACCUACGGGAAUAUUAAGAUCUUCAAGGAUGAUGAUUAUUAUUAUCUGGACGGCUCGGAUCGUUCCCAAUCAAAUUGGAUGCGCUAUGUGGCCUCGGCAUACAGCUUGUCGGUCAUGAAUCUGGUUGCGUGCCAGCAUCAGGAGAACAUCUAUUUCUAUACCACCCGCGACAUAUUGCCCAAUGAGGAGCUGAUGGUCUGGUAUUGCAAGGACUUUGCCAGCCGCUUGGGCUACGAUGUGGAUCCGGAGCGCACCAUAUUCGGUGCUUGCAAGCAGGACGUGGAUGUCGAGGAGGAGGAGGAUGAGGACGAGGAGCUGGCGCACAAGAAACCCCAUUAUGCAAUGGCCGCACCUGAAAUACCCGCCGAGGUGGCUGUCAGUCACAUCACCUAUGUCAUGGGUCUCCAUCUGCCAGGUGCGCCGCCGGCAGCAGCUGCUCCUCCGCCAACAGCAACAACAACAGCUGCCCAAUGUUGUCGACGCGCCAGUCCGCCUGCCCAUGUCAGCACCACCAGCAACCACAACAACAACAACAACAACAGCUCCAACUCGCUGCAUCCGCAUAUACAGCACAGCCGGCACGCGUCCGUAAUCAUUGGGCAGGAUCGUUCGCCGCUGAACAGCAGCGGCUGCGACAAGGAGACGGCUGGGUCGCCGCUGUGCGGCAAGGAUGCGCACUAUGAGCAUCAGCUGACGCCGCAGGAUGGCAGCGUGCGGUCGGUGCGCUCAGAUGAGGGCUACCACAGCAACGAGUGCCAGGAGGAUGGCCUGACGCCGCCGGAGGACUCCAGCGAUAGCGAGAGCGAGCACAACUAUGUGCUCGACUGUUCCAAGAAGGCGAUUGCUCCCAAGGAGACGGUCAUUGCGCAGGCUCAAAAGCCCAGCAGUGUGACGCCGCCAGCCACUACGCCCACCGUCGCCGCCGUCGCCACGCCCAGCUGUGAGUCGGACAAGAACGAGUUUCGCAAAUUCAAGGUGAAAAUGCCGCUGAAGUACGAGUUCAAGAACAAGAGCUGUGUGAAAACGGAACCGCUCAAGGAUGUCGAGGAGCAUCUGCCGACAGCCGGCGUCACCUUGGAGGAGGAGGAGCUGCACGAGUUGCACGCGGCAGCAGCAGCUGCGGCGGCAGCAGCAGCGGCAGCGCAUUCCGAGGAAUCGCUGUGCCCGCCCAGUACCACAACAACGCUGGGCGAGGAGCAGCACCAGCAUCAGCAUCAUCUGGAGCCAACCAAUACGCAGCCCGCCUCCUCUACGGUAAUUGUGCUGGAGCACAACUCGGGCGGCCAGACACGCACCAUUGUGCCGCUGAGCAAGCCGUACUACGAAGCCGAUCCGCCUGGUGAGCGCUAUGUGCGCUUCACCCAGCCCAGCUCGAGCAUACUGGAGACCAUACUGACCAGCCAGCAUCGCCUGGAGGCCGCUGCAGCCGCAGCUAAUGCUUGCAGGCAGGCGAACGCCGCAACGCCGCCGCCCACCUCGCCCACGGAGAUGGCCUACAGCUACAAGAAGUCGCAGCGCUAUGGCAAUGCCGUCAGUCCCGAUUCCAGCUCCAAUCUGGGUCAGCCCCAGGAGCUGAGCAGCGCGCACGUUGUGAGCGAGCAGGAGCUCAGCUUGAGCCGCGCCACGCUGAUCAAAGGCGAGUGCUCGCCGCCACCCGCCGCCUCGCAUCAUCAUCACAAUGUCAUCUAUUCGCCGUCGAGGACGCAUCAUGCCGCCUACGAGCCGGGCAGCCAUUCGCCCAGCUAUGCAGGCUAUGCGGGCUACCCGGGCGCGCAGUCACUGCAUGCGGCCACCUCCACGUUCCACUCACCGCCGCACAGCUCGCACUCGCCCUUCGAUCGCCAGUCGAACGCGUCCAGCGGCGGCGGCUCGGCCUCCAAUUUGCAUCUGCUGCAGAGCAGCACUCAAAUGCUGAACCAUCCGCUGAUGCAGCCGCUGACGCCGCUGCAGCGUCUCUCGCCGCUCCGCAUCUCGCCGCCCAGCAGCCUCAGUCCGGAUGGCAACUCGUGUCCGCGCAGCGGCAGCCCCCUGAGUCCCAAUUCGUUGGCCUCGCGCGGCUACCGUUCGCUGCCGUAUCCGCUGAAGAAGAAGGAUGGCAAAAUGCAUUACGAGUGCAAUGUGUGCUGCAAGACCUUUGGCCAGCUGAGCAAUCUCAAGGUGCAUCUGCGCACCCAUUCCGGGGAGCGGCCGUUCAAGUGCAAUGUCUGCACGAAGAGCUUCACCCAGCUGGCGCAUCUGCAGAAGCAUCAUCUGGUACACACGGGCGAGAAGCCGCAUCAGUGCGACAUCUGCAAGAAGCGCUUCUCCAGCACGUCCAAUCUGAAGACGCAUCUGCGGCUGCACAGCGGCCAGAAGCCGUACGCCUGCGAUCUCUGCCCGCAGAAGUUUACGCAAUUCGUCCACCUGAAGCUGCACAAGCGUCUACACACCAACGAUCGGCCCUAUGUGUGCCAGGGCUGUGACAAAAAGUAUAUCAGCGCCUCCGGCCUGCGCACGCACUGGAAGACCACAAGCUGCAAGCCCAACAAUCUGGAGGAGGAACUGGCCAUGGCGGCGGCGGCCACCUCCGAGUGCCUGGACAAGGAUUUGCCGGAGCCGGACUCGCGUGAGGCCUAUGAGCAGCUGCAGCAGCACAUGCAUCCAGUGCAUCCGAGCCUGCGUCAUUUGGCCGGCGCACAGUCGCCGCCGCGUCUCAUUCCACUGGGCGGCAAUGGACAGCCGCACAUGCAUAUGCAACAGCUGCAGGGCCACCAGCCGCAUGCGCAGGCGAGCAAUGCGCCGCCGGGCCACCUAAUGCACUCGCCACACGGCGGCCCGCCCAUGCUGCUGACCACAGCCAAUCAGCUGCCGCCGCCAACAACGCCACACCACAUGCAACAGCAGCAGCAGCAGCAGCAACAGCAACAGCAGCCGCCACAGGCCUCUCCCGGCCGACAGCCGCCCACGCAUCAGCAGCAGCAGCAGCAACAGCAACAGCAACAGCAGCAGCAUCUGGGGCCACCGCAUAAUCUGGCACAGCACUCGCCCAAGUCGCUGAAGCCGCUGCCGGACGCUGGUUAUCUGCAUGGACCGCUUGUGCAAACGCAGGAGAAUCGACCCUCGGUCAUCGAGUCCUCCAGCCAGCCCAUGAUCAUUGAGUGCACGUAGAUCCGGCAUUCAAGUAUCCGUAACUGUAAUUCAAGUGCAAUACAACAGCAACAAGAACACACCUAGAAGUUAAGAGAACCGUACGGAAGCGGACAGACGUUACCUAACUGCAGCACACACAAGCACACACAACGGUAUUAUUAUUAGAUUGUACAUAGGCAGGCGGGCCCAAAACAAAACCCUAAAAACCCACUCAAAAUUUAUUAAAAACAAAAACCAACUCAUUUCGCGCUAUGAAAAACUAGAUCUCAACAAUUGGCAGUCCCUCAGCAACAACAAAAAAAAAAAAAAUAAGAAAGGAAAGAAACUGAAAUUGAAUAAAACAUAGAAAAGAAAACACGGCAUAUUAUUUUUGAUAAAUAUUUUAUAUUAAACAAAUGGAAAAUCAUUUCAAGCUGUUAAUUGUGAAAAACCAUUCAAAGUGGCAGCAGAGCGCAUUGUUUAUAAACAACAAAAUAAUAAAAACGGCAAAAAGAAAAAAGAAAACAACAAUUUUGAUUCGAUGUGAAAACUAAAAAUGCAUUUAAAUUUGUUUUCGAGUUGCGAGUUGUAAAAUACAAUUAAAUACAUAGACAUAUAUAACACAUAAACAAUUAGA